AUGUCUCGACAAAUAAACCAGCCCUCGAACCAGAUCAAGCUCACGAACGUCUCCCUGGUGCGCCUCAAGAAAGGCAAGAAGCGCUUCGAGAUCGCCUGCUACAAGAACAAGGUCCUCGAGUGGCGCUCGGGCAUCGAGACGGACCUCGAUAACGUCCUGCAGAUCCCGAGCGUCUUCCUGAAUGUGUCAAAGGGCCAGACCGCCCCCUCCGCCGACCUGGCCAAGGCCUUCGGCAAGGACGUCCCCACCGACGACAUCAUCCUCGAGAUCCUGAACAAGGGCGAGCUGCAGGUCGGCGAGCGCGAGCGCGCCGCCCAGCUCGAGCGCGUGCACAACGAGGUCGUCGGCAUCGUCGCCUCCAAGCUCGUCGACCCCCGCACCAAGAGGGUCUACACCACGGGCAUGAUCGAGAAGGCCCUGGACAUGCUGAGCCAGCAGGCCCACCAGGGCCAGGGCGACAAGGACAGCAAGUCUGCCUUAGCCUCCGCAAGCGGCAGCGCAACGCCGGCCGCCGCGGAGAACGGCGAGACCAAGUCAAAGCCUAUCGUGUCAGCUGCCGCCGCCGCCGCCGCAGCAGCAGCCGCAGCAGCAGCGUCGUCAUCGUCGUCAAAAGAACACAUUUGGACGGGCGUGACGACCACCAAGAGCGCAAAGAGCCAGGCCCUCGAGGCCAUCAAGGCGCUUAUCGCCAAGCAGCCCGUGCCGGUCGCCAGGGCGAGGAUGAGGCUGAGGAUCACCUGCUCGACCGGCGUGCUGAAGCAGGCCGUCAAGGCGCCGGCGGCCGAGAAGGGUAAGGACAAGAAGGGGGCCAAGGGAGGACGAGGGGAUGACGAUGAGGACGAGGGCGAGAAGAAGGCGCCGGGGACGGUUAAGGAUAAGAUACUGGGCUACGUGGAACAGGUCGAGAACCAGGACGUGGUGGGCUCCGAGUGGGAGGUCGUGGGCUUCGUCGAGCCCGGCGCAUACAAGGGGCUCUCGGACUUCAUAGCGAACGAGACAAAAGGACAGGGGCGGGUGGAGGUCUUAGAUACGGCAGUUACCACUGAGGAUGAUUAA